AUGUUAUACACUCAUGCCACAAUUGUGACCGUGGAUGCUUCACGCCGCAUAAUUACCGACGGAGCAAUCCGCGUAGUCGGCGAUGUCAUUGUGGAUAUUGGCAAGACAAAUCUCCUCAAAAGAAAGUAUGCAACCGAUGAAGAGUGCGAUCUCUCCGGUCGGAUCAUCAUUCCAGGAUUGAUCUCGACCCACAUGCACACAGCACAGACGUUGCUGCGAGGUACAGCCGAUGACCUCGAGCUGGUGUCGUGGCUAUGCGAGAGAAUCUGGGUUCUUCAGGGGAACUUUACGGCAGAGGACGGGUAUGCUGCAGCACGACUGAGUAUCGGAGAGAUGCUUAAAUCGGGGACAACCUGCUUUUUGGAGAGCAUGUUUGCGGAUCGAUAUGGCUUUGACGGGUUAUGCCGUGCUGUUGAAGAGAGUGGCAUUCGUGGCUGUCUAGGUAAGAUUGUCAUGGACAUUGCGAAAUAUGCCAAAGACGAUGCUUGGGCUAUGCAUCCUGGCCUUGUUGAGAACCGCGAAACUUCAUUGCUUGGGACUGUGAAGAUGUGGGAGAAGUGGAAUGGUGCGGCCGACGAUAGAAUUAGAGUCUGGUUUGGUGCCAGGACUCCCGGAGGAGUAUCGGACACACUUUAUAAGGAAAUGACGACCAUUUCCAAAGAAAAGGGUAUACCUAUUACCAUGCAUUGUGCUGAGGUCAAGGCCGAUCGUGAUUUCUUCGCAUCGGUCUCGCACACCCCGAUGUCAUACUGCAAAUCAGUUGGCUUGCUGAGUGACUCCACAGUCCUCGUUCAUAUGGUUCAUUUGGAUGACUCAGACAUUGAGUGA